UCCAUCAAAUCCAAACUCCUAUGAACUUCCACUAUAAAUGCACAAGAUCCCCAACCCCCCUCUCUCACAUCACAAAAUUCCAAGUCUCAAAUAGAGAGAGAGAGAGAGAGAGAGAGAGAGAGAGAGGGGAAGGGGUAGAGAGGUUGAUAAAAAACUAAAGAAAAUAGAGCUGUUGCAGAAGUGCUGUUCUUAUUAACAAUGGCGACUAGAAGAGUUUUUCUCUCUCUGUUUCUGCUGCUGCAGUUGAUUCUUCUCGUCUCCUUAUCCUCCGCCCUCCGCCCUGCCCCGUCGCGGCAGCAGUGCGGCGGGCCGGCGGACAUCGUCGUAACGCAGCGGCCGACGGGGCGGGUGGUGGAGGGGAAGGCGGAGUACGCGGUGGCAGUGCAGAACCGCUGCCGCGGGUGCGCGCAGUCGGCGGUGGUGCUGCGCUGCUUCGGCCUCAGCAGCGUCGAGCCCGUCGACACCGCCGCCAUCCGGCCGCUCGACGGCGACGGCGGCGAGGACUGCGUCGUCGCCGGCGGCCGCACCCUCCCCCCCGCCGACGCCGUCGGCGCCGCCGCCGCCCCGGUGCGGUUCACCUACGCAUGGAUGACUCCCCAGGAUUUCCCAGUCAUAAGCACCAAGGUGCACUGCUAAUAUCUACUACUAUACCUAUACACAUACAUAUAAUAUGUAGUAGUGAUUUACUAAUUAGUGAGAAGUUAAGAGGGUUCUUUGUAAUUUGUGCUACAGAACUUAUCUGAACUAUAGACUAUUUUGAGCCGACUAUUUAAUCUUUCAAAAUUUUAAUUUAUUUAAUUUGAGUCAGUCAACGAUACAUGGACUUUAAAAUUUAAAGUUAAAGUGUCGUCGAUUAACUUAAAUCAGAUAGAUUGAAAUAUUGGAUAGGUGGUUCAAAAUAAUUCGUAGUUCGGAUAAAUUCUAUGCAUUUUCUCCUCUUCUAUAAAGAGUAUGGAGGUGGCUUUGUGUGUGUGUGUGUAAUUUUUAGGUGUGUUUGGGUGUGAUUUUGGGUUUGGUAGUUUUGUAGCUAGCUCCCACAAAUGAGAGUGGAGAAUGGAUAUAGAAUUGUGCAAUGUUAAGUUAAAUUGGAAAUUUCCUCUAUUGGAAUGAAGCAACUCUGCUAAUUUGUUUGUUUC